CUUGAUAUCGCGAUCGUUUAAAAGGAUGUCUGGAAAGUAGUUGCCACAUUUCGGUGUACUCUAAUAGUACAUGUUUAUGUGAAGCAAGACCGGAAUGAGUUUUCUGGGCUGGAGUAAUUCUAGUUGUUUAAAUGUUUCACGAAAUAGCAUUUGUUCAGGUCGCAAUUGGACUUUCAGUUGUGUUCUCGUGAUUAUUUGUGCCUUGUCUUUACCGCAGAUUACGUACCAGUAAGUAACCCUAGCUCAACUUAUGAUGACUGUUCGAUAUUAUAUUGAGUACCUAAAAGUCCUAAGUAUUUAUUAAUAGGGGUUGCAUUAUGAAAUACAGUAAAUAGUUGUAUGAACUUCAAUAAAUACUUCGUCAACAAACGUGUGAAGCUUAAAGCAACCAUAUGGAGCCAAAGAUGAUAUAGUGCAUAUGUUUGUUCCUCUCAUUCCCACCUUCUAUAUACUCUUUAGCCUCACGCUUUUGCUGAUCAUGGUGGUUUGAAGGUUAUAAAGGUUAAUAAACAGAUAAACGCUCAAGAUUGAUCGUUACUUAUAAGAACUGGUGACCCUUGUUGAUUGCCGUGAUAUGUGGUACUGUGACAGUCCAGCCUCCCUUCUAGUUUAUCAAUAGAGGUAGAUGGUUUGAAACUCGACACUACCCACUCAUAUUAACCUCUUAAAACCAACAUAAGUGUAUAUUAUCAGUGAUUACACUCUGAUCUCUUUUAUUGCGAUGUUUUCUAAUCGCUGUCUUUUCCAAAGUUUCUAGUAUUUGGACCGUAUCUAAGGCUACGUAGUCCUGUCGGAUGUUCAGUUUCAGUUACCCAAGCGAAUAUUGGUGCAGUUAUCUAACGAAAUGGGAUCUUAUAUUGAUGAGGAUACUGGUGAUAAUUCAAACAUCUCUGAAAUAACACUACAGUCGGACACUUCUAUGAGUGAACAACAAAAUGCUCGUAUGUAUCUUUUCCCUGUUUAUUCGAGUUGCUAUUACUGCGAUUAGUAUUUCAUAAUAUUUUGCUCUCGUUUUAAUGGUGUGAUCGGCAAAAAUUUUGUCAACAUGUGCCUAACUUCACUAAAAUUUUCACAACAUUGUCAUAGAUUUUAUACGACUCACAUAAAAGUACAUCUCUAUUGGCGAACUGUCAUUAGCAUACGUAUCCGUUCGACUCCAAAGGUCUCGAACACAGUCGUUUUUAAUGUAUUUGAAAAUACUUCGUGCUUUGAAAAAUCAUGUUUGCUAAUGAUAUUUUUUUAACGAGUGAUUUGGCGUUUGGAUUGUGAUCGCACAGCCUUCCUUCAUUUGUUUAGUUAUUCUAUGGCAACGAGCAUUCAAGAAGGUUAAGUCAAUAGACCUGGACUCAUGGAGCAAUCUACCAUGGGAUAAAUGUCCUGUUCGAUGCGCCCUCAGACACCGGUACAGCGCAAUCAAGAAGAAAUGGGUUGUGGAUGAAGUGCAGAUCAAAAUGGAAUCAGAACCGUUCGACCGUGGAGCAAUGCGGGAAUGCUUUAGAAUGUACGUAUAUAUUUAGUGUUUUCACUCUUAUGUCUACACGUUCCGUACUUUCACCUAUUUUUAUUCGUACUACUGAACAUAGUCUAACAAAACGCAAUCUUCUAUUUCACCAUCAAAACUGAUUGCUUUCUCAAUAACUUCUGUAGGAAAAAACAGAGUCAGAGAGCAUCAGGUACUAAUGACUGGCACCAUACGUCAAAUUAUGUGGCCAAGCGAUACAUAGCCCCUACAGACAAACAGAUAUACUUUGACGAUGUACGUCUACAAAUGGAAGCAAAGUUAUGGGGUGAAGCUUUCAAUCGCCAUAAUCCUCCCAAAAAGGUGGAUAUCUUCCAGCUGUCUAUUCUCGAAUUGUCUCCUGACAGUUCUGUUGGUAGUGAUCAAUUAGAUUUUUCACCAGUAUUUUUUCAUAUUGAACGCUUUAUGGAAGGAGAAUAUCGUAAAUACAACUCAAAUUCUGGCUUCGUUGAUGAGUGCUUACGUAAUACCCCACAGACCUUUAGCCACUUCACAUUUGAACGUUCUGGUCACCGAUUGUUAGUAGUAGAUAUCCAAGGUGUUGGAGACUUGUACACUGAUCCUCAAAUUCAUACAUCAGAUGGAGUGGGCUACAAUGACGGCAAUCUAGGUACGCGGGGUAUGGCUUUAUUCUUUCAUAGCCAUAGAUGUAAUCCUUUAUGUAAAUGGCUGGGAUUGGCCCAAUUUGAUUUAGCACCCUCUGAAUUAGAUGAGCCAAUGCAGUGUCAACAAACUGACCAAAUUCCACCUAACCCCUCAGAAAAAGAAGUCAAUCAAAUUGACCUGAGUAUAUAUGGGAUGUUUCGCAAAUCGAAAUUUCGUCGACGCACAAUCAGUCUAAAUAAUCAGAUGUCCUGUAAAUCUCCGUCUCACUUAUAUGGUCCGACAGUUGUUCGUUCAUCUGAGAGCAUGCUCAUGUCGGCACUUUCUGAAACUCGUCGUCGUUGUGCUAGUGUCUCACUUUGUGAUCAUCCUAAAUCUGUGGGACAAAGUUCGGAUUGCGUAUCAUCUUUCCAUUCAGUAGGUGACGGCCUUUCGUUCGACAGCCCUGACGCUCUGAAGCUUCGUGAAACAUGUCUAAAUCCCCCUUUCCAGCUAUCAAGCCGCCAACUUUCACCUGAUUUAAAUAUAUCUGGUCACGGACAGAGCUGUCCACAACCAAUGCAAAAUUUCAGUUCGGUUGUCCCCAAGCAACCGGAUUCGAGAAAUCGUGCAGCAUCUGGUGACUCAGGAUAUGUUGGACGAAUUAAUUUAAUCCAACCUUGUUCCGACCUACCUGUUAGUAGAUCUCACGAAAGCGCUUCUGGAUUCGAUCAAAACUGCAUGGAUUUUUGUGGUGAUUCUACCUCAGUUGAUUUACCAGUACGUAUAUCUCAAUCUAAUGUCCUGGGUAUGCGGUCCUUAGAAUCUCAUCCUUUAGUGGAUGAAGCCUUUCCUACGGGAUCAAAUUAUUCAAUUUCCAAUCGUAGUAUCUUUAUUUCCAAAAGACAGCGUAAUAUUAGUGAAUCUAGUGAUGUAGAUGCGGAGGAAUGUCAUCGUGUGCCAGGAAAUUUGUUGUAUCAACUAAUGCAUGAAAAUCACAAACCCAGUUGUGCCGAUCAUCCUACAAACUUGGAUCAAGAAAUUGGCCAUUCCAUUCUUGGGCAAGUAAGUCCAAAUUAAAUUUAUAAAAAUUAAAGAAUAAGGUAUAUUCCUUUUUUAAUGAAACUUAUCAUACACAAUCCGAUACUUUGUCCAAAGUUUCCUGGAAUUCAGUCAAAUCUUCCUGAUAAAGUUAUCUGACAAAUAAUCAUUCUUUCAAUGAAUUUGUUAAAUAAUGCUCAUAAUGAAAAUUAAAAUAUAAUUUAUGUUACCACAUUAUUUAAGCAAACCGUCCAUUGGUUGUCGUCUUAACACUUUAUCAGCUAAUCUGGGAUUGGUUAGUUGUUAUACUUCCAGAAACUAUGUGAGGAUCCCCUUUUUGUUCAUUCAUUUCGGAAACUUUCACACUAAAAUGGAACUUUAUUCUAAUGAUGAAUAUUUCCUGACCACUUCAUGCCUAACACCGUCUAAGUCUAUGUGUUGUGAGUUAUUCUUCUGAAAAUCCCCAUAAUUUUGUCUACAAAAUGGUCUUCGGUACAUUCAUUAAAUAUCCAUUCAGCUUAAAGGCCCGUCAUAUUUGUUUUGUAUAUUUAUAACAUAUACUCUAAAUCAAAUGUUUAUGUUUUCUCCUCAUCUCAUUGAAGUGAUUAAACUAGAAAGACUUGUCCCAGCUUCUUUUGUUUAAUUCAAAUGGUAAUCACUUUUAUACUUCUUACUGAAAAUAUCUGGAACACUGAAAAACAUAUGUGAAUCAAAUUUGGUAAAAUCUUUCGAAGAAUUUUCUUUCUGUCUUUACCUUUCUUCAUGAUUAUAAAGUUUGAAGGGUGAACUCAAAUUCAAUCAAUAAGUAAUAAUAUUUGAACCACACAAUUUUUAUGAUGUUGAAAAUAUCACAAUUUUAGAUCGUUUACAAGAAAUGUAUUAAUAAAAUGUAAGUACAUAAUUAAGAAGCAAGCAAUGAAUUAGAUUUCAGUAAAGAUUGUUUAGUCCAAAUAAACGUUUCUGGUUUCAUCAUCUUUCAUUUUCUUUCCCUGAGCAUUUAAAUUUUUCCCCUCUAGUAGAUUUGUUCUACUAACUCAUUAAAACUGUUAUUCCAAUUAUUUGUAAUGAACUAAAAAGUGAAGCUUUCUUUUUUAUGAAAAAAAAAACAGAUACAUCAUGAACUUGCUAGACUUCAUGAAGCUGGACGUUUCAUUCCAAAUAAAGGUCAAUGGUCACAUGUAGGAUUAAGAGGUGAAGGGAUUUUCAACAAGGACUCUUGGGAAGUUAGUGAGUUCGAAGAAUCACAUAACGAAGCAACUAAUGACCCAGUAACUUUGAUCGAUUGGUCAGCCGUCCUAUUCCAUGAAAGUCACGCUGCUCAGCUAGGCUGUCUGGAAGCCAUGAUAGUCAUGGCACAUUAUUAUCUUGGUUUACCAACUCAGCUGCUACUGGAGUGCCCAAUAAAAGUAAGUUAUUUUGUUUCUUAACUUACUUUUUGUGAGAUAUUCAUAAUUAUGGAAUACCAAUCACAGAUCUCUCAGUUUCAGUUUCCGACGGACUUGAAACAAAGUAUCUCAAUGUAAGACGUUAUAAUUUUCUGCAAUAUAAUUUUACACUAUAUUCCAGUUACCCAUUUCACCAGUGUGUUUACUUCGAAUACCUUUGCUUUCAGGUUUAUUUCUAGUAACUUUAACACUCGUAGCAUACAAGUUACCGACUCAAAUGGAUAUCAUACGGUUGUAACAGAACUCAUUUAAGUUGGACUUCCAUUUAUCUUCUAGGGGCGAUGCUAAGAUAAUGUUAUUUUUUAUUUAUAGACUGAAGUUUUAGUCGUAAUAAUCCCAUCUUUAUCCUGGGUCAAAAGAACCUGUAUGUAUGCAGUAAAUUUUGUAAGUUGUAUGCAAUUGUCGCUUUGUUAGUGAUCCAGUUUUAGAGAUCUUGCUUAACUGUCAUGUUCUUUUUUUCUGACAACGAUGAUGAAAGUUAUCUUCCGAAAUCUAGACUGCUUUUAUCUCAAUAUGAUCAGUUUCAUUACCUAACGUAUCUUUAUUUAUCCCGUAAUAUAGUAAUCCAUGUGAAAUUUCUACAUGUAGCCUUAGCACUCAAAGCCCGUUACGUUAAGAAUUAUAUGUCAUAUAAACUUGCUAAUUUUGAAGUUUGUUCCCUAAACCACUGGUCCACAUAGUUAUAGCUACACUCAUUACUAAAAUCUGUAGCUUACUGCGUGAAAUCGAAGUCUUACAGGUUUUCUGUAUUUUAUUUCUUGUGAUAAGGACGACUGGUGUAAACUAGGUUUGCUUUCUAUCUUGAAGUUGUAUUCAUAUCUCAUGUUGUAAAUGUAAUUUAUGUUGAUUCUAAAAAUCAGUAUUUAGGUACUUUUAGCUGAUUUACGGUCCUUCAAACAUACAAUUAACAAAUAUUUAAAUACUCCACCAUCUUAACCUUAUGUUUAUUAAUAAAUCUUUCGCUUAUCAGCCGGAUCCAAGUGAUAUACGUAUUGGUAUCGAUCAUCUUUGGCGUGCUGCAGAAGGUGGUGAUCGUCGAUGCAUGAUCCUUCUCGCUCGCUAUCUAGAUUUGUCAGUUAAUUUCCUAAAUCCAGGACAUCAACUCAACUUCAUAACAAAUUCGCGUGACAUAUUUAUGCUUCCUGCCUUACAAUCGUUUCUUAACAACGAUAGUCAUUCAUUACUUCCCUCCAUAUCCCCUGAUUCUUGGUCCGAAGCUAUAGGGUGGUAUAAACGAGCAGUCGAUAGCGCGGUAGGUUCAUCCGCUUCCAGUGAUGGAUGUACAGAUGAAGGUUUAGAUGCUGAAGGUCACUAUGAUGCUGCUGAAGAUUUGUUGCCUGUUUAUCGUAUCUUGGCUCGUAUGGCUGAAAUGUAUUCUGUCGGUGGCUUCGGUCUUAAGCAAAAUUUUUAUUUAGCUGGUAAGUUUGUACUUGUAAAAUUUGAUAUUUUGCGCUGUAUAACAAAGUAAGUAGUAGGGUUUGUCAAUGGAUACAGUAUACUAGUAAUAAUUAUUAGUUCGUCCACCUUGUUGCUUUAAGAAAAUCAAGUAAAGUGAGAAUAGCAUGAUUUACAGAAUAAAAUGAAUUCAUUUUAUUUCGAGACUUCUCAUCAGGUACAAAUCACUUAAAGCUACGAUAACUAAUAUUAUUAUGAACAACGUUGUUCAUUCCUUAAUCAAUAAAAAGAAGUUUAAAGCAAAACAGAAAGACAUGGGAAAUGGGAAGAAUACAAGGUAUAUUCUACACAGUUGUCAAGAGUAAACAGUAUUUAUAUGUUAAAAGUGAAGCCAUAUAAUGAAUUGUGUUUUGUCAUAAGUAAUGAUCAGCAAACAAAAUGAAAAACGUCAACAAAUUAGUGGUCUUAAAGUCAAGCCACCUAAUUAAUAUAAAAUGGAUAGCUUAUGUAAUAGAUAAACGUUACACCACUAUAAUUAUUUUGCAUGGCAAUUAGUUUACCACACUUAAUGUGUGCAGAGGUCUGGCCGAGAACGCUUGAUGGUAGUAGCCUCCGCUUAUUAUCUUGAAUGCCUUUUUGAUAUCUACUUAAUGUUCACUGUACAUUAAGUGUUCAGUCAUCUCACUUAUAAACACUACUUCCCUUCGUUUCGAACUCCACCUGAUUAACUAAUGUAUGGAAAAUUUUGUUCAUAAUACUACUAGUAAUCCUAACUUCAAGUCGCUCUCGCUUUAUUCAAGUACUAUUGCUUAGAAAUCGGAAAGUGUCAUAGAUCAGUUUAUUCGUUCGAAGCGACUUUUUUGUUGUUUUUAGUUUACCACUGUAGUUAAUAUAAUCAUUAUUUCUUCCUCUUUUCUUCUGUUAAAUUCCUGUGUACUGAAGUAGUGUCGAGACCUAGACUGUUCUAUAUGUAUGUCAAAUCCUACGUUGUAUUUUUUACCCAGUGAUUUUCAAACAAACGGUCUUCUCUAGAUGUAUAGGCUUGAAAAAGAUCUAACGAAGAUAUAAGUUGUAUAACAGUUUGGUUCAGUCUAUUUCUUAAUAUUUUCAUCAAAUAUCUGCCAAUUAAUUGUUCCUCCGUUAUGAAUAAUUAAGGCUAUGCCUAUAGUGUUAAAAAUUAGUUACCUACUUAAUGUUCUCCGCGUUUACUUUAUAGCUUAAAGACUAAUUAAUAUUCGUCUAUGUAGUCGCUGUAGUUUUCAUUACAACUUCUACUGUGGGUAAGUGUUCACCCAGGACAUUGGCAUAACAGUCUAUCCCUACAAGUUUAAGACGUAAAAUUCUGAAGAAUAAAAUGCAAUCAAUAGCGUUUAUUUUUCUAACCUUAAUUGUAUUAUUUUUUCCUCUAAGAACUUACAUUGUAACCAUAUAAUUUAUUUUGUUUUUGGAUUUCCUGUCAAGUUUUCGUGUCCAAAAUAAAUCUCAAUCUUAGCAAUAUAACGUAAAGAUGACUUAAAACCUUUUCCCCUCACUUUAAUUUAUUUUGCUUUCAGGAGAUCUAUUCACUCAAGCUGCAGAAAUUGCGUCUGGUUCACUACAGGGUCGUCUGGCUGCAAGAUAUUUUGAGUUAGCAGAUGAAGCAUACUCAUCAAGUGAACAAAUCACAAACUGAUAGGAAGUUUAUUUUGACUUCCUAGGCGUCAAAAGGCAUGAUUUAACAUGCUCUAUCCCUGGUGUGCUGUUUAUACAGUUAUAAACAUCAGUACUUGUAUUAUUUUUUACUCUUUUGUUCGUGUAAUGUAUUUCUUACGAUCCAUAACACUAGUUUUGGCACUAUAUUGCAGUUCUUUCUAUCUUACAGUCAUCCGGUUGUACUACUUUUGUUUUGCUUGUUAUAUUUUAAUACACAUUUUUCAUUUAUAUCAUUCUGCACUUAUCUUCGGUUUUUACUACAUGUUCGAUCAAUUUUUUACGAAUAGCUGCUGUUUCUAAUUACAUCUAAUGCUAUUACGUUAUUAGCUCAGUUUGUAGUUUACUCAGUGAAAAUUACAACCUGUGUUUCGUUAGUUUCAAGGAUUCUCGUUAUGUUGAAGAUGUAUUACUUACUUACGCCUGUUACCCCUCGUCGAGGAGUAUAGGCCACCCACCAGCACUCCCCAUCCAACCCUAUCCUGGACAAUUCUUUCCAGUUGCUAUUCAUCCUCUGGAUGUCUGCUUCCAAUUCUCGGCGCAUCGUGUCCUUUUGCCUUCCCCUUUUCCGUCCCGAUUCAGGAUUCCAAGUUAGGGCUUGCCUUGUGAUGGAAUUUAAUGGUUUUUGUAAUGUGUGUCCUAUCCACUUCCAACAUCUUUUCCUAAUUUCCUCGUUAGCUAGUUCGUUGAGUUUGUUAGUUUCUCGUAGGAAGGCUGUAAUGAACCAUUGUACUGCCGUUUCCCCAGCUGUCCAGUGUUUCUUUAGCCUCAGUUUCAUAUUGGUCACAACCAGGUGGUGAUCUGAAGCUUUGUCAGCUCCUUUCCUGGUUCUCACGUCCGCCAUUGUCCUUCUGAAUUUUUUAUUGAUACAAAUAUGAUCUAUCUGGUUCUCCGUGUUGUGAUCCGGUGAGACCCAUAUGGCUUUGUGUAUGCGUUUGUGUGGGAGUGUUGUGCCGCCUACAACCAAUUUAUUGAAUGCACAUAGGUUUCCAAAUCUCUCCCCAUUCUCGUUCCUUUCUCCCGGUCCGUGUCGUCCCAUGAUAUCUUCAUAUCCGGUGUCGUCUAUUCCGACUUUGGCGUUUAGAUCUACCAUCAGGAUGGUGAGGUCCUUUCUCGGGCACUUCGCUAUGAAUGAUUGCAGCAUCGACUAGAACUGAUCUUUAUUGUCGUCGUUGCUAUGAUUGGUGGGUGCAUGACAUUGGAUAACAUUCAUCGUGAUUCCCUCCUUUGUUUUGAAGGACGCUUUUACGAUUCUGGAUCCGUAAGAUUCCCGUCCUAUAAGUGUUUUACCUACUCCUUUGGACUGCAUCAGAGCAACUCCCUGGGUGUGUGGAGCAUUUCCUUCUUCGUGACUAGAGUAUAGCAGCAUCUCCCCCGUAUCUAACCUUUACUGUCCAGCUUGGGUCCAAUGGGUUUCACUGACUCCGUGCACCACUAAGUUGUAUCUCAUUUCCGUUGCUAGUUGACCGAUCUUCUCGGUCUCCCACAUUGUCCGGACGUUCCAUGUACCUAUAAAAAAUUGUUCUGGUUGGUAGAAAGGGCAUCAUCUUCGUGACUGCCGAAGACUCGGUUUUCAUAAUGAGGCGUCAUAAUUCUUCCUUUAACUUGGAGGACAGAGUUUAAAUGGUUUAAUUUGUUUAAUCUGGUUAGCGUUUUUUAGUAAGAUUUUUUUCCACAGGAUGGGGUUGCGAACCGUAUGAGCUACAGGCGGAGUAUUUAUACUAGCCACUAUUAAGUUGUUUUCGUGAGUUCAUGUACUUUAUUUUCAUUUUUAUUUAGAAAACUGAUUAUCAAGCGGUCUUGUCAAUAUCCAUGCUUACUAAGAUAAAAGAAAUAUGUAAUCAAGUUUCCCAAACCACAACAGUUUAUCCAGCUUUGAUUUAUAGCACUAUGAAAUUCCUUUUGAUUUUACUAUCCACUGCCUAUUUGCAUAUCGUCUUACUUUAAUGUAAUCACAAUUUUAAACAAGUCUUAAUAGAAGUUUCUAUUGAACCCGUAGUGUUCCCAAGACUUUUAUACUGCUAAUUUAUAUCCCGAGCAUUUAAGACCUAACAAUUCUUAAUAUACAUUAUCGACAAACAAAAAAUCUUUGUAAGUCUUCAGUUCCUGCUUCCUGAGGAAUCAGUCUUA